AUGGAAUCCUGGAGUUCCAGAGAUGCCACAGUGGUGUGUAGACAACUUAACUGUGGCACUAGGACUCAAAUGCCAAAUUCUUCACAAUACAAGAAGAGCAGUAAAACUGUGUGUCUAAAAGGCUUUCUGUGUUCUGGGAAUGAAAAACAUUUGGGGUCCUGCAGUCAACCAAAGGAAAACAAAUGUGUAGGUAGUGCUAAUGCUGCAGUCCAAUGUGUUGAUCACAUUGCCCUCAGGCUGUUAAAUGGAACAAGUGUCUGUGAUGGAAGAGUGGAGAUAUUUUACAAUGGAUCCUGGGGGACAGUGUGUGAUGAUUCCUGGGGCUUUCCAGAUGCAAAUGUAGUUUGUCGGCAGCUCCAGUGUGAGGCGGCUGUGAAUGCCAUAACUCCAGUCUCAUAUGGACCAGGAACUGGACACAUUUGGCUGGACAAUGUGCGCUGUCGAGGGAAUGAAUCAUUUUUGUGGGACUGUAGACAUCAGAAAUGGGGAAAACAUGACUGUAGGCAUAAGGAGGAUGUUGGAGUAAAUUGUACAGAAUUCAAGAUGCUGAGGUUGACAAAUGGCUGCUCUGGACAACUUCAGGUUUUCUAUAAAAACCUUUGGGGCAGCAUCUGUGCUAAUAAGUUGGAUAAGGCCACAGCUACAAUGAUAUGUCAAGAGUUAGGCUGUGGAAGUCUUAAAUCUACCAUUAUUGAAGGAAUAUCGAAGUUGAACUCUGAUCCAAAAUGGCUAGAUGAAGUGAAUUGCAGAGGACAUGAAACUUCCAUCUGGCAGUGUCCUUCUUCCCCCUGGGGUAAAAAUAAAUGCACCAGGAAUGAAGUAGCAGAAUUCUCUUGCUCAGGAACGAUUAAAGUCAACACCAACAAGCAAAAGCCCUGUUCAGAGGACCUCACUCAGAAGCACUGCACAGAGCCCCUAGAAUUAAGACUGGCUGGAGGAACUGAUAACUGCUCAGGGCGAGUAGAAAUAAAAUAUGGAGACACCUGGGGCACAGUCUGUGAUGAUGACUGGGACCUUAAGGAUGUGAAGGUGGUCUGUCGACAGCUUCGCUGUGGAGACGCUGUGAGUGCAGAACUGGAGUUUGGAGGUGGAAGUGGUGUCAUCUGGCUAAACAAAGUGAAGUGCAGGGGAACUGAAGCUCACUUGUGGGACUGCCAACAUGAACCCCUGGGAAAAAAUGACUGUGUACACAAGGAGGAUGCAGGAGUGAAGUGUACAGGUGGGAAAGUGGCUUCUUUGGAGACAGAUGGCUCUGGCUACUAUGAUGACAUUGCAAUAGAAAAAACUGAAGACCUGCAAGAAAAUGUAUUUCAUGAUGAGCUGUCUUACACUUAUGAUGAUGCUGAGGAUCCUUUAGAAAACACCAAAAUAGAUUCUCAUGCUGCUGCGGAGUACACUUUACCACUGGAAUAUGAUGAUAUUGAGCAUGAAGCCACUUAAACAGUGC